CCAACCACUUGGGAAAAUCAUUCCCCAGUCUCUAAAUGUGGCAUGGUGGAAUGAUUAGGAUGUGACGCCACAGUCUGAUCCCAGGCAUAACUGCAUUUGAGAAUGUUAUCUUCACUUCCAUGAAUUCACCUAACAUGGGAAAUAAAAACCUUUGGCCUAAAUUCACAUUGAAAUAAAUGUGGUAUUGGGAAGAAAACCUCGUUUCAGGUUUUGUUUCCAUUUUUAUUCCAAAAAAAUCAAAGCAGUGCAUUUUCAUGGAGAAAUGGAAUGAAACAUCCAAUGGCUUUAUUUUGUUGGGGUUGUUUCCUCAAACUCACACUGGCCUUCUUCUCUUGCUCCUCAUCAUGGUUGUGUUUGUCUUCGCCUCAGUGGGGAACUCAGGAAUGACCGCCCUCAUCCUCUUGGACCCCCGGCUCCACACCCCCAUGUACUUUCUCCUCAGUCAGCUCUCCCUCAUGGACCUGCUGUACAUCUCCUCCACUGUGCCCAAGAUGGCGUCCAACUUCCUCUCGGGACAGAAGAGCAUCUCCUUCCUGGGCUGUGGUGUGCAAAGCUUCUUCUUCCUGACCAUGGCUGGAUCAGAAGGCUUAAUCCUGGCCUCCAUGGCCUAUGACCGCUUCAUGGCCAUCUGCUACCCCCUCCACUACCCCAUCCGCAUGAGUAAAAUGACAUGUGUGAAGAUGACCCUGGGGUCCUGGACACUGGGCUCCAUCAACUCCCUGGCACACACUGUCUACAUCCUACAUCUUCCUUACUGCAGGUCCAGGGCCAUCAAUCAUUUCUUCUGUGAUGUUCCCGCCAUGGUGCCUCUGGCCUGUGUGGACACCUGGGUCUACGAGUACAUGGUGUUUGUGAGCACAAGCCUGUUUCUCCUCGUCCCUUUCCUUGGCAUCACUGCCUCCUAUGGACGGGUCCUCUUUGCUGUCUUCCACAUGCGCUCAAAAGAGGGAAGGAGAAAGGCCUUCACCACGUGCUCCACACAUUUGACAGUGGUGACUUUUUACUAUAUACCUUUUGUCUACACGUAUCUCCGUCCCAGGAGUCUCCGCUCACCAGCAGAAGAUAAGAGCCUGGCUGUCUUCUACACCAUCCUCACCCCCAUGCUCAACCCCAUUGUCUACAGCCUGAGGAACAAGGAGGUGCUGAGAGCCAUGGGAAGAGUGUGUGGGAUGUUCUCCUCCAGGAAGACAUGAGCACAGCUGAGCCUGCUCCUCUGUGUGACUUUUUCCAUUAUUAAUAGAAUGUUCUAAGCAGUCCUGACCCAUGGAAGUGUAACUUGAUCCACGUAGGUAAUUACAUUUCUAAAGAUACAUUUAUCAGUAAAAUUAAUUUAAUUAAUAAAAGAUCAUUAUAAACAAAUAUAAUAAUGCCUUCAAUUGAAACU